AUGGAUAAGCUUAUUGAUAGUUUUCUAAGCUUUCCAUCUUCACCAAACAUCUCCGAGGCCGAACUCCACAAACAGAUCCAGAAUCACCUCUCGUUGCUGAAUAGAACCCCUGCCACGACACUUGCGUAUCAGCAUGCUGGGACUGAUGUGUUGGCAUUGUUGGACCCUUCAGUCAAUAGCCUCGCAUACCUCUAUGUAUUGUGCGUUUGGGAGAGCCGGUUUGGGUUGAUAUGUUUGUGCUGAUCGGUGGGAUAUUAUAGAGUUGCCCGAAUAGACCUUGGCCAGAAGAGUGCUAUGGAAGUUGCGUGGAGACAGGUUAUUACAUUUCUCGAGACUUUCAAUCCGAAGCAAGUCCGGUGUGCACAGGACAUCUUUAGGCGACUGGUGGACUCCUUCUUCUCCUUUGCUACGGAGAAUGGUAAAGUUGGUUCUUGGUCCUAGCCUUUGUGGGUUUCAUUGCGCUUCCUUUACUAAUGCAAGCGGUUCCUAGCCUAUAAUUGCCGUCCGCCCAAUCAAGAAAGCGAUCCUACGGUUUAAUCCUACCAAGUUUUCCUUCCUGCAUCCUCUCUUCCUUCGUUUGUGCUUGGAGGCCAAAUGCUAUCGUGAUGCGGCAGCUAUUGUUGAUGUUGAUCUCGUCGAGUUUCCUUGUGUCACUACUAGCAAAGUGACGGAAAAUGCAAGGGUUAGAGAGAUUACAUACCAAGAUGUUCUGACAUACUUCUUGUAUGCUGGGAUGAUUUACAUGGGGAUCAAGGAAUGGAGAAGGGCGGCGGAUUAUCUCACCUAUGUUUGUCCUGCUGUGCUAUUGUUCUUAUGGAUGUCAGUUGACGGAGGAUCAAAGGCUAUAGCUGCUCCCGGCAGUGCGUGUUCACAAAUUCAAAUAGACGCAUACAAAAAAUACAUACUUGUCGGUCUUCUUCUUGAUGGAAAGGUAAACUACCUUCGACACUGUUUGCUAUAUUCGAGCUAAUGCGCCUAGUCACUGCCGAUACCCAGAUCUACCACCUCAGUAGCGAAUCGAGCUUACAAAGCAUUAAGCAAACCCUAUGAAUCGUUUGCCUCGGCCUUCAAGGCCGGAAACCCAGAGUUAUUGCGCACGGAGGUUACCCAGCUGGUUGAUGUCUUUAGGCAAGAUAAUAAUACCGGCCUGGCUAUUCAAUGUCUUGAGGCGUUUAGACGGAUGCAAAUAAUUGCGCUUAGGGACACCUAUGUUACCUUAAGCACAGAGGAGAUAUCCAAGAAAGAUUUGGAGGUAACUGGUCGUGGUGGUGACAUGGGUGGGAAGGAGGGUACUGAAGCUGUAAUCUUAGGCAUGGUUUGUUUUUCCUACCAAGGACCAACAGCUCCGUGGGCGGUGAACUAACAAUAUUAGAUUGAACGUGAGGAAAUAAGUGCGUCUCUUUCGCACUCGCACCCGAACCCGGAGCAAUCGCAAACAACAGUUCACUUUCACAAUCACCCCGUGGAUGAAAGUUGCAAUCUCGCUGCCCUUCAAGUGGAACUACGCCGUAUUAUGACUCUGAACAAGCAGAUGAAGACGAUUAAUAAGAAGUAUGGCAUGAGCAGGGAAUUCAUCCAAUACAUGGUCAAGAUGGCGAAAAUGUCUGGAAGCAGCGUUUUAGCCGGUAUGGCGGAGCCAGAUUUGAUGGACUUUGAUUACGGUUUUAGUUGGGCCGAGGACGAGCCCGAGGAGGCAAUUAUGCAGGACUUUGAGGACGAUAUGUAAUCCCGGCGAGGCUAGUGUUGCAUCAUUUCUCCAUUUUCCAGCAUGGGUGUUGGUUUGUGCUGAACAGAGAAUCCGUAUUUUUAUGUUACAAUUCAAUGGAGCCUUUCCCUCUUUCUUCUUCCUCCCCUUCUUCUUCUGCUUCUUCUACGGCUAGUAGAGUAAUUGAGGAUGGUCGGGUUUGGUUGACAAGAUUUUUAUACGCAAGGCCAUUUUAAGAAAGCUUGUGAUGAUAAUAUUAUGGGAAUGGCAUUCGUUGGCG